AUGUUCAGAAAUGUUUUCAAACGCUUUACUUUUAGGAUUUCUUCAAUCGUGGUUUUCUCACUGAUAUUUGGCAUCACAGCAAAGCCAUAUGAACCGUGGAACAAACUUCCAGAUGAAGCAGUCCAAGAAACAGUUGUGUCCAUAGAUGAAAAAGGAAGGGUGUCCUGGGGCGUGGAAGUGGAGCCUCCAGAGGACACAGACAAGACUGACUAUGACAUUGACCCUUGGAUGAAGAUCUGGAAGAGUAUGGCAGGCAAUGCAGACAAGGCUGAAGAAGACUCGGAUGAGCUGUACCAUCCUUCUAUGGCAGAUCUCCUUAAAGCUCGAAUCCUGGAGGGCCUCCGUGAUGCUGACAUGCAGUCAGAUGGGUGGAAGGAAGUUGUCAAAUACGAUCAAAAACCAGAGGAAGAUAGAGAUGACAUCGACCAUCCCGUUUUCUACAAGGUGGCCUCUGAGGAACCUGAGCAGGACUGGGAUGAUGUCUACCACAAAGCCAAAGAGGAGCUGGAUGUGUAUCUGGCUCCAUUAGUGUCUGAAUACAAAGCUGACGCAGAGGUCCAACCUGUACACUCUGAACCAGAGAAGGAUGAUGACGACCUGUAUCACCCUGACCUGCAGGAGCUUGUGCACAUAAUGGAACCGAGAGAAGUGGUUGGGGAAGAAAGUCAGGACAGAGUUCACCUGCAGCCAGAGGAGGACAUGGAUGAGGUCUACCACGCAGACCUCAUCAUCCCAUAUCAGCGUGACUCCAGAGCUGCUUAUCCUGUCGAAUGGCCAUCUCAGAGGCAGUACACUGAGCCAGAGACCGAUAUGGAUGAUUUCUAUCACAACUGAUUAUUUUGCAACAGCUCAUUUAAAUCCAAUUUGUGCCAUGUAUUUGUAAGUGUGAUUUGACUUGACAAAAAAACAAAACUCACACCACAAUAAGAAUGUAAGAACAUCUCAAUCUUUACAUGGUGCCUCUGUGAAAUAUGAUUGUAAUGACACUUUAACACACUCUUAUCUGAGUACAAGUGUUUUAUUUAUUGAAAUGUCUGAAAUACAAAAGUUAAUUAAA